UUAACAUAAGGAAGAAAAAAAAAAGUCGUUUUGUUUGUUGGUUUAAUGAAUCAAAAAGUUUGUUCCAUUUUUUUGUCUAGGGUUCCUUCUUAAAUCGUGACUCUGUUUUGAUUCCUUUAGGGUUUUUAAAAAUUCGAGUUCUGUUUCUUGAGAAAAUGGGUGAUUGGCUUCAGCUUGCUCAGUCUGUGAUCUUAGGUUUAAUUGUUUCUUACCUCUUGGCUAAGCUCAUCUCCAUCGUCGUCACCUUUAAAGAAGACAAUCUCUUCCUUGCUCGCCACCCCGAACCGGAAUCGGAGGUUGACUCGCGCCGCGUCGAGUCUUCUACCGUCGGUGGUGAGGCGGAUUCGGUCGUGGCGGAGCAGGGUAGCUCAAGAGGCGAAGACGAUGAUUGGGAAGGCGUAGAGAGCACGGAACUGGACGAGGCUUUCAGCGCAGCUACUCUCUUCGUGACUACAGCCGCAGCAGAUCGGUUGUCGCGGAAGGUGCCUAGUGAUGUCCAGAAGCAGCUUUACGGGCUGUACAAGAUCGCUACGGAAGGGCCUUGUACUGCUCCUCAGCCUUCUGCUCUCAAACUUACUGCUCGUGCCAAGUGGCAAGCAUGGAGGAAACUGGGUGCUAUGCCCACUGAGGAAGCGAUGGAGAAGUAUAUUGAGAUUGUCACUCAGCUUUAUCCAACUUGGUUAGACUGUGGCCUGAAAGCUGGAAGUCGAAAUGAUGCAGUCUCAAGCUCAGGAGGAACCAUUGGGACAGUUUUUAGCUCAUUGGUUUAUGAAGAGGAAUCCCAAAAUGAGUUGUAAGGUUCUCUUGUUUUACUUUUCUCUGAGUGUCUAGAUCAGAUCAUAUAUGUGAAAUCUAAAGGUUCAUUUAAAACUAAGAGAGUAUGUUAACUUAGCAUCUCGUAUAGCUGCAACAACUUUUUUUUUUUAGUGAACUGGCUACUAUAUUAUCAACGACGAGCUAGUGGAAGAA